AUGCACUUCCAAAGCUUCCUCCUCGCGGCCGCCAUAAGCCUGCCUUUCUCCAUGGCCGCUCCAGUAGCCGAAGCAGACACCACCAGCAACGUGGCAACCACCAAUAACGCAGCAACCACCAGCAACAUUGAGGCUCGAGCCUGCCCCUACACCGGCUGGUUUCAAUGCAUCAAUGUCCAGACCAAUCUCUGCAUCGCCCAGUGUGCUUGGGCUGGCAGAAGAUCCGCUGUCUGCCUGUCUGGUUGUUCGGCAAACGCGAAUAGUGCUUGUGGCGCUUACGGCUGCGGCCAGUGA